UUGUGUUCCUGCGAAAACAUGCCUGGUGGGCAGCCGGACGAACCCCGCGGCUCUCCGGCCGUACCUGAGCCGGUGUUUAUCGUCGAGAAGAUCAUCGGCAAACGCAUCGCGAACAGUCGCCUCCAGUUCCUGGUAAAAUGGGAGGGAUUCCCCAAGACAUCGAACUCCUGGGAGCCCAUAGAGCACGUGUCGCACUGCUGCGACCUGAUAGGCAACUUCGAGAAGGAGCUGGUGAGGCAGGGCUUGGCCAGGGAGUUGGCAACAAGUAACGAACCAGUAGCGAAAAUCCUGGAUAAGCGCCUCGUGGACGGCUGCGUCCAGUACCUGGUGAAAUGGCGGAGCUAUCCCCAGGAGGACAACAGCUGGGAGCCCCUGGAGGCCCUGAGCCACUGCUUGGACCUCCUUGGCGACUUCGAGGCGCAGCUGAUGGCCAGGAGCCAGGCACAGGAGGCGCAGUUCGUGGCUCAAAGCCAGGCCCAGGAGGCACCUUUCAUUCCUCCUAGUCAGGGUCAGGAGGCGACUUCCUCGGCCGGGAGCAGCCAGUGGCCUUCCGGCAGGUCAAAGCGAAUGAGAUCGCUAUCUAAGGAUCCGCUAGUUGGUCAACAAGCCGCGAGCAAUACGCUUGCAGUGACAAAGCGCAGGCGCAGGGGUCCCCUUCCCCGACGAGAAGCUUGCAUUGUGCUCUUGGACGAGUCCAGCGACCUUGGGGCCCCAGAAGCAGCAGUGGCAUCUCAAUCGGAAGCAGCUCCAUCGGCAGUGAUCAAUCCUCCUGUAGUGAUAAAACGCAGGCGCAGGCGCCUUCCCCGACGAAAAGCAAGCAUUGCGCUUUUGCACGAGUCCAGCCACCGUGUGACCCCAGAGGCAGCAUUGACAUCUCAAUCGGCAGCAGCUCCGCCGGCCCAGGAAACGAACGAACCGAGCAUCAGUGAGCAGCCACCAUCGGAUGUCUUGGCAAUGGAGCCAGUGGGUGCUGGGGCUCCCAGCGCAUCGAAUAUGCCGAGCCCGGACACGGAGCAGGAGGAGCUGCCAAGCUGCAGCAGCGUGUCCAAUCCAGCCCCGCAUAGCUGGAAAAUGCCGCCGUGCAAGAGCACUUUCGGCCUAAUGCGCGGCUUGGAGCUGGACAAGGUUUGUCACAGCUUUGCGGUGCGCGAGCAUCUCUUCCUGUUUGUCACCUGGAAGGGCUGUCCAAAGGUGGACGCUGUGCCGCUGGCAGACCUCGCGAAGGUAUACCCAAUAGAAGUUUUGCGCUACUUUCAGAGCUUGGAAAAGUUACCUUAGGGUAACCAAAAGAGAAACAAGACAAACCAAACAACCAAAGAUUUAUUUAUGCAGCCUCACUGCAAGUACAAACACACUCUUGUUUGUGAUGAUGAUGUACCUUCGGCACGUUUACCAAUAAAACCACACCAUAUGUAAACUCAUUCAAGUUGCCUAAGCCUGCGAAAGUAAACAAUGCGAAUAAGCCAAGUUCAA